UCGACCCCCCCGACCCCCUCGGUCCUCUCGACCCCCUCGGUCCCCUCGGUCCUCGGCCCUGCUUUGUUUUGGUCCGGUGUCGUCGGGCUGCUCCUCCCCUGAAGAUGUCGUCCUGGUUGGGGGGAAUCGGGUCCGGCCUCGGUCAGUCUCUGGGGCAGGUGGGGGGCAGCCUGUCCUCCUUCACCGGUCAGAUAUCAAACUUCACCAAAGACAUGCUGCUGGAGGGAGUGGAGGAGGUCGGAGAUGCUGCCACCGAGCUGCAGGUGUCCAAUUCCAGGUUGGCAGAAGUGGAAGCUGCUUUCACCUCUCAGAAAUCUGAGUAUGACAGACUGAGGAAGCUUCAUGCAGAGCUGGAGGAGAAGCUGGAGGCCUCAGAGAUCCAGAUUAAAGGACAGUCUGCAGAGUACCGAUCCCUCCUGCAGCAGAAAGACGUGGAGAUCAGUCACCUGAAAGCUCGGCAGAGUGGACUCCAGGAAGAGGUCCAGACGCUGCAGCAGUCGGCUCAGUCCUCCUCGGGCGGUCCCGCGUUGCUUCCCGUCACCACGUCCGCCUCGUCCACCACCUCCUCGUCCGUCUCCUCGUUCCUGUCCCGGCCCUCGGGGUCCCAUCAGGGCUUCCACAGUGACGAGAUGGACCUCAGUGACGUCAUCUGGUCGCAGCAGGAGAUCAACAGGCUGUCCACUGAAGUCCUGCGUCUGGAGGCCGAGGUGGCUCACUGGAGGAGAAUGUCUCAGGCAUCAACAGCAGCAGGAAGUGGAAACGGCGACCAGAGCGACAUUCACAAACUUCAGAGAACUAUAAAGGAUCUGCGAGAGGAGAUGAGUCGAGAGGUGGAUGAACACCAGCAUGAACUGGCCGCUCUGCAGGACGCUCAGCGGCAGAAGCUGGCCGACAUCACGCGGCGACACAGAGACGAGUUAGCCGAGUACGAGGAGCGGAUCGAGGAGCUGGAGGAGCAGAUUCAGAGCGGUGGAAGUCAACCCGCUUCCCCUUCAGACGCCUCCAAGCUGCCUGACCUGGAGAAGACCGUGGGCUCCCUGCAGGAAGCAGCUGACCGGCGGGAGGAGCAGCUGGAGGAGCUGUCUGCACGGCUGGAGGAGGCGCAGAAGAAGCAGUCCUCGCUGCAGCUGGAGAAAGAAGAAGUCCAGGAGGAGAACGUCGGGCUGCUGCAGAACUACACGCGGCUGCAGGCGUCGGUCUCCGAGCUUCAGACCCGCGUGCAGGAACAGGAGGGGAAGGCUCUGCAGAAAGCUCAGCUGGACAACGAGAUCCAGGUGCUGAGGAAAAAACUCACAGACACAGAAAUAGAAAUGGAGAGACUGAAAAGCGUGGCUGAGGCGGAACCAAAAGAAGAAGUUGAGCAUGCAGACAUCUUAGAACUGAACACCAUCAUCGGGACGCUGAGACAAGAAAAAGAAGUCGUAGAACAAGAAAAGCUUGAUCUUCAAGAAAGACUGAAACUGGCAGAGGAACAGUUAUCAAGUGGUAAAGAAGAGGAGUCUGGUGAGUGGGAGUCGUUGGAGGAUCUGAAGGCAGAGCUGCAGAGGAGAGAAAAAGCUCUGAGGAACACCGAGGAGGAACGAGACACCCUGAUGUCCGAGCUGGAGGAACUAGACCAGCAAAACCAGGAAGCAACACAGCACAUGAUCUCUGUGAAGGAGCAGCUCAGUGGACAGCUGAAGGAGGCCGAGGCAGAAAUGACGAGGCUGACUGCUGAGCUCAGCAAGACCAAAGACCUGAAGAAAGAACUGGAGCAAGAGCUGGAGACCCAAAAGGAGAAAAUUAGCCAGAGUGCUUUCAUCCUGAAUGACCUGCACAUGAGCAAACAGCAGCUGGAAGGGACAGUGAAGGAGCUGAGAGACAAACUGGGACUGGCACAGGAGAAGAGCAAGGAGGCAAGAAGAGAAACAACAGUGCUGAAGAAGACGCUGCAGGAGAGAGAGGAGCAACUGUGUGCUGCUAGAACAAAGCUAGAUCAGGCAGGGGAGAGGGGAACUGAGGCACAGGGAGACACAGAGAUGCUAGCAGGGAAGGAGAGGGAGUUCUCAGAGCUGAGGAGAGAGUUGGAUGAGUUGAGGCGCUCUCAGGAGAAGGUGUUCAGUGAGGACUACGAGUUAAAGAUGGAGAACAGAAAGUUGAUAACCGAGAGCGAGGAAGCAAACAGGCAGAUGAAAGAAAGCCAGACGUCUCUGAAUCGAUCGGUACGGGAGAAGGACACUCGUAUCGAAGCUCUGAAGCUGGAGAAAAACCAACUCGAGGGGGAGUUGAGGCAGGCUGAGAGCACGCUGACAGAGCAGGCGAAGCAGUACCAGCAGACCAUCGAGGAGUUGACCCGCGCUCGCUCUAUGGACGCUUCAGCUCUGCAGACGGAGCACGAGAGGGCCAUCAAACUGAACCAGGAGAAAGACAUGGAGAUCUCUCAGCUGAAGAGGGACAUCGAGCAGUUAGCGUCCGACCACAGAGACACCAACGAGAUGCUUUCGAUCACAGUCGCUGGGCAGAAACAGCUGACGGAUUUGCUGCAGGAGAAGGACGUCUUCAUGGAUACGUUGAAACAAAACGCCUCCGAUUUGCAGGCGGAGAUGGACAACAGUAUUUCAGUUGCGACAAAGGAGGCGGAUGCUCUCAGACAGGCGCUGGAGGAGAAGGAUAAACAGCUGGGAGGCAUGAAGGAGGAGAACAGUCACUUAAAGGAAGAGAUCGAUCGACUGAGGGAUCAGCAGAGCAGACCUCUGCCUCUGUCCGAGCCCAGGACUUUAGACAUCAUCACCGAGCUGGAGACAGAGAUCACACAGCUCAAAUCCUCCAGAAACAGACAGGAGGAGGAGGUCCAGACUCUGAGGAGAACCUUAGAGGAGCAUCAGGCCUCUCUCCUCCUGUCACAGCACUCCCUCCAGGCUCAGCAGAGCGAGCUCGAGCAGGCGCACGCUCGCCACCAGCAGACCACGCUCAACUACGACAGGCUCAUCCACGCCCGAGAGGACGAGAUAUCCCGCCUCCAGCUGACUGUGGAUCAGCUCAGCAAGAGCCAAGGGCGAGCCGACUCCCCUUCCGUGCGGGGGGACGUCAUCCUGCAGGAGGAGAAAACACAGACUCUCAAUCAGGACAACGGCAACGAGAAACACGACCUGUCCAAGGUGGAAAUCGAGAAGCUGGUGAGAGGCAUCAAAGAGAAAGAGACUGAGAUCAGUCAGCUGAACGAGAAGAACCUCUCCCUGACCAGACAGCUCGAUCAGCUGCUGGUGUCUCGGGAUGAAGUGGGCAAACUGUCCCAGGUGAUCCUGCAGAAGGAUCUGGAGAUCCAGGCGCUUCAUGCCAGAGUGACAUUAGGUGGAGUUGGAGGACACGCCCAGGAUAUCAUGUAUUUACAGCAGCAGAUACAGGCCUACGCUGUAGAGAGAGAGCAGGUGUUAGCAGUACUCAACGAGAAGACCAGAGAGAACAGCCAGCUGCGCUCAGACUACCACCGCCUCAUGGAUAUCAUGGCCGGGAAGGAGGCGGCUCUGCUGAAGCUCCAGCAGGAGAACCAACGCCUCUCCAACAUGAGCGACCCCUCGGGAAGCCAGGAGAUGUUCAAGGAGACCAUCCAGAACCUGUCCCGCAUCAUCCGGGAGAAGGACAUAGAGAUCGAUGCCCUGACGCAGAAGUGCCAGACCCUGGUGACCGUCCUGCAGGCGUCGGGGGGAGGAGACUCCGGAGGCGUCAGCAGCAACCAGUUCGAGGAGCUGCUGCAGGAGAGGGACACGCUGAAGCAGCAGGUAAAGAAGAUGGAGGAGUGGAAGCAGCAGGUGAUCACCACGGUCAAGAACAUGCAGCACGAGUCGGCUCAGCUGCAGGAGGAGCUGAUCAAGCUGCAGGGUCAGGUCUCUGAAGACAGCGACUGCAGCUCCAAGCUGACGGUGGACUACAGCCGCUUGAUCCAGAGCUACGAGCAGAAAGAGAGGAGGCUGGGGAGUCUGAGUCAGGAGCUCGCUCAUGUGCAGCAGACCAUCACUAAGCUCAGCUCCACCAAGGACGUCCUGCUGGGUAAACUUGACAGCGUGGUGCAGACUCCUGAAGUCGUAGCUGCUCAUUCAAGUGGACCUCUUCUCACAGCCGAAGCUCCGAGCCAGCAGACCUCUGCAGCAGAAGUGAAUAUUGAGAAACUGCAGGAGGAACUCGCCCGAUUGCAAGCUCAAUUAGCUGAGAGGGAAAAUACCAUCCGGACUAUCCAGGAGAACAACCACCGGCUCUCCAACUCAGCGAAUGCCUCAGAGAUCGAGCAGAGGAGUCAAGCUGAGGAAGCCCGGCAGGUCAAAGAGAGGCUGGAAGCCCUUCAGAGGUCUGUGAGGGAGAAAGACCUGCUCAUCAAAAGCAAAGGAGACCAGCUGUGUCAGGUCAGCGAGGCACUGCGCAACCGAGAGAACGACAACGAGGUCCUGAAGCAGGCCGUCACAAACCUGAAAGAGCGCGCUCUGAUUCUGGAGAUGGACGUGAAGAAGCUGAAGGAGGAGAACGAGCUGGUGGCCGCGCGCUCUCGAGAGAAAGAGUCCGAGUUCAGAGCGCUGCAGGAGACCAACAUGCAGGUUUCUCUGCUGCUCAGAGAGAAAGAGUUUGAACUGAGCGCUGUGAGCGAGAAGGCCGCCACUGUGGAGAAGAUGCUCCAGGACAGAGAGCAGGGUAAGUCUGGCGAGCUGAAUCAGCUCCUGAAUAAACUGAAGUCCAUGCAGGACAAAGCCGUGGCCUUCCAGCAGGAGAGGGAUCAGGUGAUGAUGGCGCUGAAGCAGAAACAAAUGGAGACGACGGCAGUUCAAGCCGAGCUUCAGCACGUGAGAGAUAAAGAACAGCGUCUCAACCUGGAGCUGGAGAGGUUGCGUAAUCACCUGUUAGAGAUCGAGGAGUCGUACACGAGGGAGGCGGUCUCUUCAGAGGACCGGGAGACGGAGCUGCGGAGGAGGGUGGCCAUGCUGGACGAGAAGCUGGCAACUUCUUCAAGUGCUGUGGAGAACGCCAGCCAACAGGCCAGCAUGCAGGUGGAGUCUCUGCAGGAGCAGCUGAGCGGAGCGGUGAAGCAGAGAGACGACGCUCUCGCACAUCUCCGGACCUCACAGGAGCAGGUCAACCAGUACGCAGUGUCGCUCUCCAACCUGCAGAUGGUGCUAGAGCAGUUUCAACAAGAGGAGAAAGCCAUGUACUCUUCAGAGCUUGAGAGGCUCAAGAGGGACAAAGAGGAGUGGAGAAGAAAAGCUGAGAGGCUGGAAGACCAGGCAUCUGCACUCCAGAUAAACCUGGACGAAGCGAACGCCGCUCUGGACUCGGCGUCCCGUCUCACCGAUCAGCUGGAUCUGAAGGAGGAGCAAAUGGAGGAGCUGAAUAAACAAGGUGAGCUGCAGCUGCUUGUUCCUGCAUUCAUCCUUUAAUAAAGACGUUUAAUGGACUGAUUCAUAUCGCACACAAAGUCCCUCCAUCAGCUUUUAUCUGGCAGUGAAAUGAAGCUCUGCUCAUGUGCCGGCCAUAAGUUAACCCUUUGCCCGCCUUACAUGCACACGCUGUAUGCACGCUCCAGUUUGUUUUCUUUAUGUUGCACAUGUUCUAAUCAGUGUCUCGAUAACGUGGGCAGAGACUGAAUCCCCCCCCCCAUGUCCCGUCUGUACAGCUCUCUCGUGGUAUUUUUGUUUUCACACUCGGCAGAUUUCACUUUCAUAUCGCUCUCAGACGCGACGCGGACGUUACAUCAUGGUUGAGUCCAGACCUGAUAGGAGGCUUUACAUUGUGUUUGCUUUAUGAUUCAGUCGACACAGCGGCUCUAUUUAAAGGAGACGGGCUGUGAGAAAGUUCAACAGGCUCAGAAGUGAAAGGGAAACGCUGGUAUGUCGGGGACGAGUCGGCCCAGAUCGAGACUCUCAGUGUUUGAGACAAAGUUCAAGAUGAAGAACCUGAAAUGAAAUAAAUAAAUACAUUUGAAUAAAUUCUGGAAUAACUUUUAGCAUCUGUGUUAAAAUAAAAUCCUUCUGCUGCAGAAAAAUUAUAUAUUUAUUCAUGAU